CUGAGGCGGGACGGUAACGGUUCAGCGCGGAUGGGUGUGUGAUGAUCGGAGGAGAGAGAGAGAGAGAGAGAGAGAGACAGACAGACGGUGAAAACACGGUGAGCGUCCAGGUGCUCCGACACACACAGGUUGUCAGGAUGAUCCGUGCCUUGCUGCUGUGUUUCGUCCUCUGCGUGGUUUACGGCAGCAGUAAACCCACAGAGAAUAAGAGUCAAGUCCAUAAAGAAAAACCUCUCAGCCGCCUCCAACCCAAAGAGAAGAAGAUAAGUCGAGUCCAUGAAGAAGAACCUCUCAGCCACCUCCAACACAACGACAACAAAGACAACGACUACGACCACGAAGCUUUCCUGGGCCAAGCACAGGCCAAGGCCUUCGAGCAACUGGCUCCGGAGGAGAGCCAGCGCAGGCUGGGCAUCAUCGUGAACAAAAUGGACAGGAACCAAGACGGGUUUAUCUCGGAAGAGGAGCUGAAGGAUUGGAUCAAAUCCAUUCAGAAGAAACACAUUUCGGACAGUGUGGAGCAUCAGUGGAAAGACUUUGAUCUUAACGGGAACGGUGUGAUCAGCUGGGACGAGUACAAGAACGUCACAUAUGGGAGCUACCUGGAAGACCCUCAGAUGGACACAGAAUAUAACUACGAUCAGAUGAUGUUGAGGGACGAGAGACGCUUCCGAGUCGCAGACACAAAUGGAGACCUGAUGGCAGACAAGCAGGAGUUCUCGGCUUUCCUUCAUCCCGAAGGCCACCAGCACAUGAAGGACAUCGUGGUGCAGGAAACAAUGGAAGACAUUGACAAGAACGGAGACGGUUUCAUUGACCUGAAGGAGUACAUCGGCGACAUGUACACGUCAGAUGGAGAAGAAGAAGAACCAGAGUGGGUCGCCACCGAGCGCCAGCAGUUCUCUGAGUUCAGAGACAAAAACAACGACGGGAAGAUGGACAAAGAAGAAACUCUGGACUGGAUUCUUCCUUCUGACUACGACCACGCUGAAGCCGAGGCCAAGCACCUGAUGCACGAGGCCGACACCAACCAGGUACUCGCCUGUCCUCUUCUUGCUGGGGCCAUGGGUCACAGGGCGUAUAUACCCAGCAGUACAUAUACCUGGGCUGAUGGACCGAUGGACCUAGCGGUACAUAUACCUGGGCUGAGGGAUCUAGCAGUACAUAAACCCGGGAUGAUGGACCCAGCGGUACAUAUACCCGGGCUGACGGACCGAUGGACUUAG